GAGAGAGAGAGAGAGAGAGGGAUUUUGAUGAAUCAAAGAUGAUGGAGAAGGAAAGCUGGAUCACAACUAUGGCACCGUUGCUAUUACGGAAGCUAGUAACCUCUGUGUUUGUCUUUGCAGAUCAAUCACUUCACAACUUAUCGGAAAGAUCCAGAAUCCUCCGGAUCAUUCGUGAUCUCCUUGUCUACACCUUCUUGUUCUUCCUUCGUUUCCUCCCCUCUUUCUUCCCUUCCCUCCUCACCACUGUAUCAUCGUUCGAAUACUCCUCUCUCAAAUCCUCCGCUGCUCUCGCAACAUCUACUACACCUCGAGUUUUCUCUCCCAAUAAGGGGGCCGGAGACUCCGGCAUCGCUAGAGCUCUCUCGCAGCUCCUAUCGCUCAUGAACGAAAUCCCCGUCACCUCUCGGAAGUACGAAGUCGUGAGGGGUCUGGCGGAGAAGCUCAUCGAUGAGAACCUCCGUCAAGGUUCCGAGAUUCUGAGGGAAGUCAACCGUGCGGCCCUCUGUUGCAUGUUUUCCAAGACUCUUCGUCAGCUUGAAGCAGCCAUGUCGAAGCGGCAAGAGCACCGGCCUGUCGUGUAUGGUGAUGGUGAGGUCGUCGGGUCCGGGAAACUUGGUCGCCGGAGGAGCAGGGUCUUGGGAGCUAUUAGGUCAUUCCGGGAAGGUGCAAGGAACGUGUUCUUCGCUGACGGUGGUGAUGGCGGUGGUUCGGCUGAGAAGUGGGCGGCGGAGCUGCUUUGGUUGGCUCGGAAGAUGGGGGAUUGUGGAUUUAUGGAGGAGGCGGUGUGGAGGUGGGGGACGGCAACGAGCUUGGCUAGGCUGGCUCUUACAGCGGAGCCGCGCCUUCAAGGGGCGCUCGUCAAGGUCUCAGCUUUCUUGUUCAAGCAAGUCAAAGUAAUUGGAGAGGAAACUGAAGAUGAAGGCAAAACAGACCAACAAAGAGAAAUCAAGAUGAAGCUGCUAAUGGCAUGGCUGCCAUUGCUGUGUCGUGCAAGCAAUGGCAUUGAUGCACCUGUGUUAAGCACCAGAGAAAGAGAGGAGCUGGAAAGAGUACUGGAGGAGAUGAUACAGAGGUUGAGGCAAGAAGAAGAACAGGAGAAGGUGUUGGCUCUAUGGCUUCAUCACUUCACUUCCUGCUCCUCCACCGACUGGCCCAACCUCCAAGCCUGUUACAUUCGCUGGUGUGAUGCGUCCCGCAACCUCUUGCUCCUUCAGGGAGCCUAGCAAAGUUGGACCCCUCACCCAUCCAUCCAACUUCAUUACCUAUAUUUCCAGUUGCAUUAAAUUUUUAUUUUCUGUAAAUAUGAUCCAUAAAGCUAUUAUGGCCAA